CGAACCGCCACAACAUGGUUGACGGCGUUGACGCCGCCGUGAUUCGAGCACCUCACGCAAUAUAUACCUAUAUAUAUACAUUAUAUGUGUAAACCGAAGAAGUCAGUAUACAACGUUUAUAUUGCUACGGUGUGUUAUUAUAACAGUGAAUGCGUAUUAAUAAAAACUGGUUACAAAUCUACAAUAACGAUGUAUCCGAGUCAUGUAAAAUUGAUGAAGAAAACUAAUCCUUAUCCUCAAGGAAUGCGAUGUCAAAAGUGUCUGGAAAUGGGCCAUUGGAGUUACGAGUGUAAGGGGAAGAGAAAAUAUGUACAUAGAUCAUCGAGGACUGUUCGACUGAAAAAAGCUAUCAAGGAACAAGAAGAAGAGAAAACAGAACAACCGAAAAAAGCAGAGAUAAAAAAAUCAAAGAAGAAGAGGAAGGCAGAAUCAAGCUCGAGCGAUUCGGAUUCUUCGAGUAGCAGUAGCAGCAGCAGCAGCAGUAGUAGCAGUAGCAGCGAGGGUAGCUCUAGUGACACAUCAAGUUCCUCAUCGGACAGUGAAUCAGACUCUAGUGACAGUGAUUCCAGUAGUUCUAGCAGCAGUAGUACUAGCAGUAGUAGAAGCAUUAAAGAAAAUCGUCGUAAAAAAAAAUCUCGUUAAUAUUCGCUAGUUAUAUAAUUCUAUUAUAAAUCGACUAUACGAAAAAGUGGACGUACAUAAUUUAAUUAUAAUUCUUGUAAGAAAUCAAAAUAGCAAUGAUGAAAAGAAUAAACUCUAAUGAUUUUUGUAAGUAA